UAAACGGGGCGAUGGGGCCGCGCUGGGCGCUGCUGCUGCUGGCGCUGCUGCUGUGCUCCCCGGUGCUGCCCCAGCGCGUGGUCCCGCGGCUGCUGCCCGGAAACACCACGGACGAGUUGUCCUACGUCCUCGACAUAGAGGGGAGGCCGUACACCGUCCGCCUGCGGCAGCACGUCUUUUUGUCUGAUGAUUUCAGGAUUUACCUGUCUAAUGAGAAAGGGCCUUUGCACUCUGGUUCACCCCGUAUCAAGGGCGGCUGCUACUACCAGGGGUACAUCGAGGGCGUCCCCAGCUCCAUCGUGACCCUCAGCGUCUGCUCGGGGCUCAGGGGCUUGCUGCAGUUUGAGAACGUCACCUACGGCAUCGAGCCCCUGGGUUACUCCCCCGCGUUCGAGCACUUUGUGUACCGAAUGAGGGACGAGAACACGGCAGGUUCCGUCUUCGCCGACAGCCACCCCGAGAGGGACCUGGGCGAGCUGAACGCCGAGGAGAUGGUCCAGGCGCUGCCAUACGUCGAGCCGCUCUCAGCUGAAGCACGAGCUCCCAAGUUCUUCAAGGUGUACGUGGUUUUGGACAAGGCUUUGUAUAACCAUAUGGGUUCAGACGCCAAUGCUGCAACGCAGAAGAUAAUCCAGGUCUUCAGUUUAGUCAACAAUAUGUUCAGUCCCCUCAACGUCACCGUCGUGCUCUCCUCCCUGGAGCUGUGGACGGAGAACAAAAUACCGACGGAAGGGGAAGUGCGAGAACUUCUGGGGCGAUUUUUACGGUGGAAACAGUCACAUCUCACUGUGCCGUCAUACGACAUCGCUUAUCUGUUAGUGUACCGGGACCAGGCAGCGCUCGAGGGCUCAGCGACUCCGGGAGGCGCGUGCCAGCGGGAGGCGGCUGGCGCCGUGGCCGUGCUCCAGGGCGCCGUGACGCUGGAGUCCUUCUCCAUCCUGCUGGCGCAGAUGCUGGGGCGCAGCCUGGGCAUGGCCUACGACCGCUCCCCGAGGUGCCGCUGCCCCAGGCCCAUCUGCAUCAUGACCCCCGCGGCGCUCUUUUUCAGUGGGGCAAAAGCCUUCAGCUCCUGCAGCAUCAGCGACUUUGAGAUCUUCCUGAAGCACAGCGGGGGCGCCUGCCUGUUCAGCCGGCCCCGCCUGACCGGGCUGUCCUACCGGCGAGCGCCCGUCUGCGGCAACGGCGUGGUGGAGCGCGGCGAGCAGUGUGACUGCGGCCGCAACCGGGCAUGCUUGAAGGAUAAUUGCUGUACUAGAAGAUGUCGGUUCCAGCCAGGAGUACAAUGUUCCUCUGGGUUGUGUUGUGAUAAAUGUCAGCUCAAGCGCCAGAACGCUCCGUGCCGCCCGCCCGCCGACGCGCAGUGCGACCUGCCCGAGCUCUGCGACGGCUCCUCCGCGUCCUGCCCGCCCGACCUGUACGUGCAGGACGGGCACGACUGCGAGCGCGGCACCGGCUACUGCUACAAGGGACGCUGCCGCUCGCCCGACCUGCAGUGCCAGCGGCUCUACGGGAGAGCUUCAAGGAGCGCUCCCGUGGCUUGUUACGAGGAGUUCAACAGCCAGCGGGACAGGUUUGGACACUGCGGGUACCAGCCCAGAACAGGCUUCAAGCCGUGUCUUUGGAGGAAUCUCAGGUGUGGAAAGUUAAUCUGCACGUACCCGUACAGCUCCCCGUUUACAUCACAGGCGGCUGCAGUCAGCUAUGCCAAAGUGAACAAGGAUUUAUGUGUCUCUUUGGAUUAUUUCCAUGCACCAAUAAGGCUGGAUCCUCUCAUGAUUCCACCAGGUACAAAGUGUGGUUAUGAAAAGGUGUGUAUCAACAACACUUGUCACCCGCACGCGGUCCUGGGGUACGACUGUGACAGCAAAACCAAGUGUCACGGCCACGGCGUGUGCAACAACAAGAAGCACUGUCACUGCCAGCCCGGCUGGAAGCCCCCCGACUGCCGGCAGUGGGGAGCGCAUGAGGGGGGCAGCAUCGACAGCAGCAUCCCCGGGCUGGACAAGGGUCAGUACCGCGGUGCGGGGGGCAGGUCCCGGGCUGGGGUCCCUGCCACCCUGGGGUGGCAGCCCCGUCCCCCGCCAGGUCUCAACGGGCAGGAAGCGCUGGGGGAGAUGUCGCUGACCUGGAUGCUGCUGGGCUCCUGCACCCUCCUGCUCCUCCUCGUCGGGGCCGUCUGCAUCGUCAUGCAGCGGCUGGGCUGGGGCUCCGGCCAGCAGCGCCCCAGCAGCGAGGGCUCCACCGCUGAGGAGGACAGCACCUGCUCGGAGCCGGAGCCGGAGCCGCAGCUGGAGCCGCAGCUGGAGCCGGGCCGGGAGCCGGACCCCGAGGCGGGGCCGGAGCGGGACGCGGGGCCGGUCCCGGGGCCGCGCCGCGGGCGCUAA